AACGUCAGUGUUUACAUCAGGAGAGCGGAAAUAGGUUUUGCCAACAUGGUAGCAAUGUGAUGUUAUUAGCAGCUAAUGUUGCCACACUUUAAGGGUCCAUUUCUACAAAACGGACUAAAAUAAUUUAAACAUAAGGUACAUUUUUUUGCUCACGUGACUUUAUGUAUAAAAUCAGCGCAUGAGAUGUCCAGUCCUGCACUCCUUUCACUCCAUCAAGCGCUGAGGAAAGGCUUUCAGAGUCUUGAAAACAUUCAGAAGGUAUGGAGUAGUGUGCUGGCCGAGUGCAGCCCUCUCCUCGGAUCUCUCGGGAAUUUGGCAGAGCAGUCGAGAGCGCUUUCUAACGUCCAGCUCUCCGACACCCCGCUCAGAGUCUUUCCUGACCUGGAGGAACGGCUUCGCUUUAAGCUCUUACAGGCCAUGGAUACAGUCCUGGGCAAGCUCAAUGAGAAGAUGUCUUCUCUCCAGUCUUGCAGAGAUUCCAUCAGUAACCAGGUCUCUGCAGUCCUCCAGCUCUACGAGCACAACAGAGACAGCCUGGAUGUGCUCACCGUAACCGAGCGCUCGACCACCAUCCCGUCACUGUCUGACAUGCUGGAGUGGCUGCAGGAUGCCGAGCGUCACUACCGACAGCAAUUUCUGAGGAGGAAGACUCUGCUGCAGACACUGAGACCUGAUGAUCUCUCCCUUUUAGAGUCUGCUCCCACAAGAUGGAAAUCCUUGGAGUCUCCCAGUGCAGAAGACCACAUCACAGGUUGAGUGUCUGAUAUACACUUUGCAAAGUGUCCUUUUUUGUCGAGUCCCAGUGAAGAGAGCAAAAGCGACUGUGAAGUGGACCUCUGGUCCUGCCUGAGGAGAAGAGUGGGAUUGUUACAUACGUACAUUCAUACCUCAGGAGGACGUAUUUCCUGCGGCUGCAGAAGAUGACUUUUUUUCACAAAAUGGAUUUUGUGUUUUGAGAGCAACCAGGACACACGAGGACAAAGACAGCUGCAAAAUACGACUGUGAAGCACACUUUAACAAACUUCUUUUAUUUCGAUGCAGGCACACUCGAGGUAAUGACAGAGAAUAACUACUUGAGAUAUCACUGCAGUCUUCACAGCACAGGCCAUCAUAAAAGCCAUCGUAACAGUAAAACGUCUUCGUGGAUGCUGUGGAUUUGACAGUAUAGUCAUUGGGCUUUCUUCAGGCGAUGCUAUAAAUCACAGUGUAAUUAAAAUCAAAUUUCAAA